AACGAAGUGAUGUCGAUGCCAAGUGGAGAAAAGUCCCGACCUGCCCAGACCGGAGGUCCUACUUCUUGUGGUAAGUGGCUUAUUAACUUAUCGAGAGGCUCAAUCAUAAUAGACUCCUCCGUGCAACGAGGCUGAAAGCCUGAAAUCAUCAGUGUCGAGAAUCAAGAUGGGGUCUCCCACGAACAAUCAGGUUCGACCGCAAUCUCAUGCUGAAUCGGCUGAUGCUUACCCUAGCCUCAAGUAUUGUGUCUCGGUGUCUGGUAAUUAUCCAGUUACCUCUUUUUACACUAAUGCCUUCGUAUCUUUGGUGUCCAUUUUGUUGCCUGCCUUGACAACCGACGGUUCAUCAUGGAUUAUUAUCGGUUUGAGGACUAACGCUGUCCAGAUACCCGCCGCGUACUUUGUCUACUGUGUACCUAUGCUCCAACUCGGUGCUCUAUCCCAACGGAUCAUCGGCCGUUCGGGCGCGGCUGCCGCUGAGACUGGACGGAGCAACGACAUUCAUUACAUAUGGAAACCUCACGAUGCAAUCGAUCAAUACCUCGAUGGCCCGUUUUCGGUGUUUCGUUUGAAACAUUCGAAACACCUGCGACGAUGGUGAGGAGGUCUGGCUCUGCUUGUUUCCCGAACUUGCAGCAGCCCUCUUGACCCCGGUUUCCGCCUUUCCCUUUCGUGGGCAAUAGUGUACGAGUACAAUGUGUAAGUCUGGGUACCUAAUACGCUAGCGCAAAGCAGGCCAGCCAAGAGUACAGUAACACGUUCCCUGGCGGCGUUGCAACGCAACAAGUCACGGC